AUGCAGGGCCUGUUGGACAGCAGCUGGAGGAAGUUUGGACCCGCUGGCAGGGGCACAUAUGAGUGGUUGGCCAGCGAACCCAGCCUACCGCUUCUGGAGACCCAGCUGCAGGGCACCCGGAAGAUAAGUUCCACCAAAGAAGAUGUGGAACCCUUCCUGUGCAUCCUUCUUCCAGCCACCAUCCUGCUCUUCCUGGCCUUCCUGAUGCUUUUCCUCUACCGCCGCUGCAAGUCCCCACAGCCCCAGGGGCAAGUUUUCAGCAUUGACCUCCCAGAGCACCCACCUGCAGCAGGAGAAGUGACUGACUUCCUGCCAGGCUUACCCUGGAGCAGCGAGCAGAACUUCCCAUACUCUCCUCUGCCCACGGAAGCAGCCCUCCUCUCUGUGGGUUUACCACCUUCCUAUGAAGAGGCCACCAGGAAAGCCCCUGGGGAAGAGGCCCCAGAUGCUGUCCUUCAGUAUGAAGAGGGCGCACCUGAACUGGGUGAGCACAAAUAA